AUGGCAGCUUUAUUGGAACAAUGGGUAAAUGAUGAAUUGUACACGUUGGUGGGUUGCAGUGAUCGUACCGCCGUGCAAUAUAUUUUAGCAUUGGCACGAAAAUCAACAGAUGCUGAGGAUUUGCUAGAGCGAUUGCGAAGUACGGAUACAAUGGAAGAUACACCAGCGGUGAGGAAAUUUACCAGUGAAUUGAUUGCACGGGUACCACAUGCAGCUGCCAAAAUAGAAAAAGUAAUACAACCAUCAGAAGCUGAACUACGUGCAAAAGAAAUCAUGCGUCUAAAUCGAGGUUUAAAGACAAUUGAAUCCGAUGAUGAAGAUGUACCGUAUAAAAAGCGUAAAGAGAUAAGAAAUAGAAAAAUCAAAAACAAACUUUUGGUAAAAGAAAGUGCAAGUGAUGAAAUGGAUCGGAUAAAAGCUGAGGAGGAACAAGAUUUGCGAGAACGUGAUGAACUGGCGGCAAGAAUAAGACAAAGAGACAAAGAAAAAACUCGAAAUAUAGUGACAAAGUCGGAUAAAAAGGCUGAGGAAGAAGCUGCAAAGAGGCUAAAGUUGGAAACAAAAGAUCGUACUACGAUCGUUUCACAAUUGCGUGAAGAAAGUCGGAAGCAAUAUCUGUCAAAGAGGAAGGAUGACAAACUUGAUGAACUUGAAAAGAUUGUUGAGGAUGAUGAACACUUUUUUGCGAAUGAACAGUUGACGGAUCGGGAGAAAUCAGAUAUGAAAUAUCGAAAAGAUAUACUAGAAUAUGCGCGACAACAUGAACGUGCAGCGGAUUUUCUUAAAAUCAAACGUUACCAUGUCCCUGAUGCUAAAGUAAAAUCAGUACCGAUAGAUAGUUUAGAAGAUGCGGAUGAAAUUCCAAAGGGUGAUGGGAAACGUUGGGAAGAUGAUCGGUUGGCGGCAGCUAUCUCCAAGUAUGGUGCCAGAGAUAAGAAACGGGAUGUAUUUGAAAUGGUACUAGAUGAUGAAAAAAUUGAUUUCAUCCAAGCUUUUCAAAUGCCUGGCACAUCGAACACCGAGGAAAAAACAUUUUCGGCUGCCCAGAAAAAGAAAAUAACGUUAGCUGAAACAAGGAAAUCACUCCCAGUUUAUACAUAUCGAGAUGAGUUCGUACAAGCAGUUCACGAUCAUCAAGUGCUUAUCAUCGAGGGUGAGACGGGUUCUGGAAAAACCACUCAACUUCCACAGUAUUUAUAUGAAGCGGGGUUUUGUGUGAACAAAAUGAAAGUUGGGUGUACGCAACCUCGUCGAGUGGCAGCCAUGAGUGUAGCUACUCGAGUAGCGGAAGAGAUGGGUGUGAAGUUGGGAAUUGAGGUUGGUUAUUCAAUACGUUUCGAAGACUGUACAUCGGAAAGAACAGUCAUAAAGUAUAUGACUGAUGGUAUGCUGCUACGAGAGUUUCUGAAUGAACCAGAUUUAGCCAGUUAUAGUGUUAUUAUCAUCGAUGAAGCUCACGAACGAACACUGCAUACGGAUGUUUUAUUCGGUUUAGUGAAGGACAUAGCACGGUUUCGCAGACGUUUCCCAGUGGAUAUUUAUUACACAAAAGCUCCUGAAGCCGAUUAUCUUGAUGCAGCAAUGGUCUCGAUUUUACAAAUUCACUUAACACAGCCACUUCCUGGAGAUAUUCUCGUUUUCUUAACCGGACAAGACGAAAUUGAAACACUGAUGGAAUCUUUAUUAGAGAGAACAAAGUACUUUGGGAAAAAAAUUAAAGAACUUAUUGUUUUGCCCAUUUAUGCGAAUCUGCCUUCCGAUUUGCAAGCCAAAAUUUUCGAGCCAACUCCACCAAAUGCUCGAAAGGUUGUUUUGGCUACUAAUAUAGCUGAGACCUCCAUCACUAUUGAUGGAAUCUGUUAUGUGAUCGAUCCUGGGUUUAGUAAACAGAAUUCUUUUGAUGCUAGGAGUGGUGUCGAGCAUUUACAUGUUGUCACCAUUUCAAAGGCUGCUGCUAAUCAGCGUGCUGGAAGAGCUGGUCGGACCGGUCCCGGAAAGUGUUUCCGUUUGUAUACUGCGUGGGCAUACAAAAAUGAAUUGGAAGAUCAACCCAUUCCGGAAAUCCAAAGAACGAAUUUGGGCAAUGUUGUGCUGAUGUUAAAAAGCUUGGGCAUCCAUGAUUUAGUUCAUUUUGACUAUCUGGAUCCGCCCCCUCAAGAAACGCUAGUAAUUGCGCUGGAACAGUUAUAUGCACUUGGAGCUUUGAAUCAUCGUGGUGAACUGACCAAAUUGGGAAGGCGAAUGGCUGAAUUUCCAUGUGACCCGUGCAUGAGUAAAAUGAUUAUCGCAUCCGAAAAGUACGGAUGUUCUGAAGAAAUUAUCACUAUUGCUGGAAUGUUAUCAUGUAACGCAGCAGUGUUUUAUCGGCCUAAAGCAUUAGUUAUCCAUGCAGAUGCUGCUCGAAAAGGUUUUUGGGUACCAGGUGGAGAUCAUCUCACUUUGCUUAAUGUUUAUAAUCGUUGGCGAGAUACCAACUAUUCGUCGCAAUGGUGCAUGGAAAAUUUUGUUCAGUAUAGGACGAUGAAAAAAGCUCGGGAUGUUCGCGAUCAGCUUGAAGGUUUAUUGGAAAGGGUUGAGAUAGACCAGGUUUCAAACAGCGACUCAAUAGCAAUUCGAAAAACAAUUACCGCAGGAUACUUCUACAAUUGCGCCAAACUUGAUAGCAGCGGACAUUAUAAAACUGUUAAGCACAAGCACACAGUGCAUAUUCAUCCAAAUUCCUCUUUAUUUGAAGAAACUCCGCGGUGGAUGAUUUAUUUCGAGCUUGUCUUCACAUCUAAAGAAUUCAUGCGCGAGGCAAGUCUUGGAGUCAUCGAGAUUGAGAGUAGUUGGUUAACGGAAGUCGCACCACAUUAUUACAGAGCCAAAGAACUGGAAGACUCGACCAACCGAAAAAUGCCAAAACAAAAAGGAAAAGCUGCAUUUGAACUGUCAUCAUUGUGA